ACAGCACCCGCCGUGUCGGUGUCUGAGCAAUGGCGGCGGCGCCGAGCUCCGGGGGCAGCGCGGGCGGCCCCGCACUGACCGGGACGUUGAACCGAAAGAAGAAGCCCUUCCUGGGCAUGCCGGCUCCCCUGGGAUACGUGCCGGGUCUGGGGAGAGGUGCUACUGGUUUCACGACCCGUUCUGAUAUUGGUCCUGCUCGAGAUGCGAACGACCCUGUUGAUGAUCGUCAUGCUCCUCCAGGGAAAAGGACCGUUGGUGAUCAAAUGAAAAAGAAUCAGGCAGAUGAUGACGAUGAGGAUUUGAAUGAUACUAAUUAUGAUGAGUUCAAUGGAUAUGCUGGAAGUCUGUUCUCAAGUGGACCAUAUGAAAAAGAUGAUGAAGAGGCCGAUGCAAUUUACGCAGCCUUGGACAAGAGAAUGGAUGAAAGAAGGAAAGACAGAAGGGAACAACGGGAGAGAGAAGAAAUUGAGAAGUACCGUAUGGAACGUCCAAAAAUCCAACAGCAGUUCUCCGAUCUGAAGAGAAAACUUUCAGAAGUAACGGAAGAAGAAUGGUUGAGCAUUCCAGAAGUUGGUGACGCCCGAAACAAACGUCAGAGAAAUCCUCGUUAUGAGAAGCUGACCCCAGUACCAGAUAGUUUCUUUGCCAAACAUUUGCAAACAGGAGAGCAACAUACAUCUGUGGAUCCUAGACAAGCGCAGUUUCCUGGCUUACCGUCCUCUUUCCCUGGUGGCCUGAAUACACCCUACCCACCUGGAAUGACACCUGGUCUAAUGACACCUGGAUCAGGAGAGCUGGACAUGAGAAAGAUUGGUCAGGCCAGAAACACGUUGAUGGACAUGAGACUAAGCCAAGUGUCUGAUUCUGUUAGUGGACAAACUGUUGUUGACCCUAAAGGUUACCUCACUGAUCUGAACUCUAUGAUUCCAACUCAUGGCGGAGAUAUUAAUGACAUUAAAAAAGCCAGAUUGUUGCUGAAAUCUGUGCGUGAGACAAAUCCUCAUCAUCCUCCAGCUUGGAUCGCGUCUGCGAGGCUCGAGGAAGUAACGGGAAAACUCCAGGUGGCCAGAAACCUAAUUAUGAAAGGGACUGAGAUGUGUCCAAAGAGCGAAGAUGUUUGGUUGGAAGCAGCUCGACUACAGCCUGGCGACACAGCAAAGGCAGUGGUAGCAAACGCUGUUCGACAUCUGCCACAGUCUGUCCGCAUAUAUAUACGAGCCGCAGAACUAGAAACCGAUCUCCGAGCCAAGAAACGUGUUCUCAGGAAAGCUCUGGAGCACGUUCCAAAUUCUGUGCGUUUAUGGAAAGCAGCAGUUGAGCUGGAGGAACCUGAGGAUGCUAGGAUUAUGCUCAGCCGAGCUGUUGAAUGUUGCCCUACAAGCGUUGAGCUUUGGCUUGCUCUGGCAAGAUUGGAGACCUAUGAAAAUGCUCGUAAAGUCCUCAACAAAGCAAGAGAAAAUAUUCCAACGGACAGACACAUUUGGAUAACUGCAGCAAAACUGGAAGAAGCGAAUGGAAAUACUCAGAUGGUGGAAAAGAUCAUAGACAGAGCUAUUACUUCACUUAGAGCUAAUGGAGUGGAAAUUAACAGAGAACAAUGGAUUCAGGAUGCUGAGGAAUGUGAUAAAGCAGGAAGUGUUGCUACCUGUCAGGCCAUUAUUCGAGCAGUUAUUGGAAUUGGAGUGGAGGAGGAAGAUCGGAAGCAUGCGUGGAUGGAAGAUGCAGAAAGUUGUAUUUCCCAUGGAGCGCUUGAAUGUGCCAGAGCCAUUUACGCACAUUCACUCCAGGUCUUCCCAAGCAAAAAGAGUGUGUGGUUGAGGGCUGCAUAUUUUGAAAAGAAUUAUGGCACCAGGGAAUCUCUCGAGGCCCUCCUGCAAAGGGCUGUGGCUCACUGCCCAAAAGCAGAAGUGCUUUGGUUAAUGGGGGCUAAGUCCAAAUGGUUAGCUGGAGAUGUGCCUGCAGCGAGAAGCAUUCUUGCCCUUGCUUUCCAGGCUAAUCCCAACAGUGAGGAAAUCUGGUUGGCUGCGGUUAAGCUGGAGUCUGAGAACAAUGAGUACGAAAGAGCAAGAAGACUGCUGGCUAAGGCUAGAAGCAGUGCUCCUACUGCAAGA